UUUUGGUUUGUUAAUUGAUGCUGUUAUAGAAGUGAAGGUGAGCACUAAGAUGUUUAGACCCCUCCUCAGACGUCUCAAAUCCACCCUAGACUGCUUGAGGCCAUUCAUUGAAGAGAUGGCAGAAGAUAAGAAGCUAUUGGAUCGCCCAAAGGAGAAGCUAGAAAAUCUUAGAAUACAAAUGGAGAAUGGUGUAGAGCUCGUUCGCAAGUGCUCAAGUGUUCGUCGAUGGACCAGCAACAAAAAGGACAAAUACACCAACCAAGUAUUUGAAUUGGAUGAACGUCUUCAAGGGCACUUAAGUAUACUGAUAAUGGAGGUAGCAAGGGAUGUGAGGGAGACCUCGGAUUUGAUAAGGAAUAUACAGAAGGUGAUCAAUAGAAUCGAAGGGAGUGACUUUCAAGGUUCAUGUGACAUAACUGAACCUCCCAUCCCUCCGGUUGAGUUAGAAGUAUUGAACAUGCAGAAAACAAGUAAUGUGAAGGAGACACAGGUUUCAGAGGUCAAUAUAACUGAAGGGAGUGGUGUGGUACAAAAUCGACUUGAAUUUAAAGGUUCUUGUGAUGUACUUGGACCUUCAUCCCCUGCAGUUGGAUUGGAAGAAUCCAAGCAUGGAAGAAAGGAUUUGAUCAAGGAGACAUUGCAGAGAGAAAGUGUAUUUCCCAAGAGACCGGGCCAGCCUGAGUGCCUGUUUUACAUGAGGACAGGUGAUUGUAAGUUCGGUGUAGAUUGUAGAUAUCAUCAUCCAGACUGUGUUUUCAGUCCAACAGGCCUUCCUCUACAACCUGUGAGUUACUUUUCUUGUUGA